AUGUCUGUUUUACUAAACACUCUACAACAAGAGUUUGACAAGCUUUACACUGAGAAUUCUACCCCACGAGAGCCGAUUAUCAAGAAAUGUCAUGAUGAGACAUCGAGCCUUAAAACUCAUUUGAAGAAACUUAAGGCUCAUUUAUCGAAACAGAUAGAAGAGCAAGAAGUUUUAUCAGAUGACUGUCCUGAGGAAGAGAAGAAGAAAAUCAUACGUAAGAGAGGAGUUAUACUGGAAAAGUUGAACAAAUCUCAUAAACAUUGGGAUCAUUCGAUAAAGAAACAGAUCAAGCACAUAUCUCAACAGCAUGUCAAGUUCAACAAGGUGGCUCUGACAAAGUUGUACGAGUUUGAUCUUGACAAAGUUUACGUCAAUAAGCUUCCUUCAAAUUCGAAGAAGCUUGUCGACGACGCAAUCAGUUUUCAUAUCUCAAGGUAUAACAUGGGUAAUUUGUCGGCCACUAACGAGAGUGAUAUGAUUCGCUACCUUAGAGAUGUAUAUGGGAUCUCUCCAGAGACCUCUUCGAAAUUUGUGCAGAUGGGUCAGAUCGUUCAGGACAUCAAGAAAGGUGAUUCUAGUAGUUGUCAGGAGUGGUGUGAGCCGGGCUCUCCACUAAAUUUCGAGCUUUAUGUGUUGAAAUCGUUACAACUAUUCAAGAAGGGCGACACGCUGGUUACCUAUAACCACCUGACAAGGAAGUUGCCGGCAUCCUCUUUCAUACAAGUCACCACUCAAGUAUCACCGAUACUCACUCAGCUGGUUUUAGGGGAGAAAGUUCACGAUAUAAACGCUGCAAUUCAUCUUCAGCUGGAAAAAUGUAUCUCAUUGUUUACUAAGGAGUAUUGCUUGAAGAAUAAUCUGCCAUUCGAAUCACCAUUAUUUUUGAUUGUUCUAAGUGGUAUCAUCUCAUUCCAGUUCUAUAUAAAAUACACAACCAUUAGAGCCGCAUCUCAUGUGGACUGGACCACCAAGGAUGAACUACCGUUCGAUGUGCAAUUACCGGAAUUUCUGUGCCAUUUCCAUCCAAUCUUCAUAUGCCCAGUGUUGAAGGAAGAAACGACCGAGGAGAAUCCACCAUAUUCAUUGCCUUGUCAUCAUAUACUCUCGAAGAAAUCACUAGACCGCCUAUCAAAGAAUGGAACCACGACUUUCAAAUGUCCUUAUUGCCCUGUCAACGCAUCAAUGUCGAAGACUAUGAGGGUCAAAUUCAUAAUGUUGUAA